UUAAUAAACCUAUUAUUUAAUAAACAGAAUUCUAUAUAUACAAAAAUGGCUGAUUUGCUUGGUGAAGAUCCUGCUGCUGAAUUCCUGCAACAAGAGGAAGACCAGCUUAGAGAACUUGGCAUUGACGAAGGUCAGUUUAAUGAAGUUCCGAACACUAAUGAUGCUGGUCUCAUUGAUGAAUUUCAAAGCGAAAUGGAUUCUGCACCUCAAGAAUCAAUGACAAAUGGAUUUACUGAUACUGCCCCCGUUCAACAAAUCUCAAUCCCUGCAGAAGAACCUGAAUCAUUGAAAAAGUGGAGAGAAGAAAAGGCAAUUCAAUUGGAAAAACAGGAAGAGGAAGAAGUGGAAGCGAGGAAAGCUUGGAAUGAUAAAGCCAAAAAAGAACUGGAAGACUGGUAUAAUCGUUACAACGAACAGCUAGAAAAAGUGAAAAAUGAGAACCGAGCUGCCCAGGAACAGUUCAUUGAAGAAAUGACAGACACCAAGCCUGGGAACGAAUGGGAAAAAGUAGCUCGGUUUUGCGAUUUUAAUCCUAAAUUUAGCAAAAAUACAAAAGAUGUGUCCCGUAUGCGUGGUUUGUUGUUGCAGCUAAAACAAAACCCGCUAGUUAGAUAAACAAACCAACAAGCAGCUCUCAUGGGAAUAUGCAUAGAAUAUAUUGUAUUGUGUUUGUGUAUGCUAGAUUUUGACUAACUUUCGAUACGGUGGUGCUUUAACCAUUAAAAAUGUCCAACCUUUUAAAUCCAUGUCUUUUUAGGUUGUUUCUUUUAGUCUUUUUUUUUUGUUAUUUGUGGUCCUUCAAAUGAUUUAUAUAUUUUUUUCUACCUGUAAUUUAUCAAUUGCGAUUAACAUGUCUAGUCAAAAACA